GGUCUUGCGGAGCGCGACACGGGAGGGGGGAUCGGCCGGCGGUGUUCGAGUGUGAAAGACGGGCGCCUCGGGGAGCGCCGCGCGGGACACCGGAGCGGCCGGUGGCGGUGCGAACCUCUGAGAAUGGCGGGCAUCGCAUCGGUUCUGGCCCUCGUGCUCUGGGCGGCAACAGAGGCCGAGGCGCUGCACUGCUACGCUUGCGUGCCGAACCAGCAGAUCGCCGGCGUGCAGAUCCCGGCAGCCAUCGCCAACAAGACGAGCGGCUUCCCGCGCUGCAGCGCGCUGAGUCUGGCCGAGCCGGCGCUGCGGUUCGAGAUGACCUGCCCGGCAGGCCUUGACCGUUCCUGCAUCAAGAUCCGCGACGAUAGCGGGAACGAGAUGCGUAGCUGCUUCUCCACCGCCAUCAGCCGCUGCACCAAGACCUCCAAGAAGGGACAGGUGCUCUGCACGUGCAAGAAUGAUCUCUGCAACGCGGCGGGCAAGACGGCGCCGGCCGCCGCUAGCCUGGCGCUGGCGCUGGCGCUGACGUCAGUGUGCUUCGGUCGCCACACUAGCGCCGCCUAGGGGAUGAACGGCGUGACGUAGGCGGCACGCUCCGGCCCGGCCGGGCACCCUCAGUUUGUCAUCGUCGCUAACCGCGCGAUUAAACAGCACCGCAUCGCGGUAACUGACCACGGCGCGCGCACGGGAGAACGCCGCGCCCGGCUGGCCCAGGGCCAAGGCAGGGGGGGGGG